AUGAGUAGUGACGCCCGUGUGGAUAGCAAUUGGUGGAGUCUCCAGAAGGGUGGUGGACCCUAUGCUGGGGUAUGGCGCCCUAGCGUUCGCCGAGGACCCGAAGCCGGGCAGCUCUGUGGCCACCCUACUGUACAGUACCCCUCACCAAGUGCUUCCUAUCGCGGCUACGGCGGCGGAUACGUCAAGGUGUCUGGUGGCGCAACGGCACAGCUUACAUAG